AUGUCAUACCACUUCGAGCACUACACGAUGUCAUACCACCUCGAGCACUACACGAUGUCAUACCACUUCGAGCACUACACGAUGUCAUACCACCUCGAGCACUACACGUUGUCAUACCACCUCGAGCAUUACUCGAUGUCAUACCACCUCGAGCACUACACGAUGUCAUACCACCUCGAGCAUUACACGAUGCCGUACCACUUCGAGCACUACACGAUGUCACACCACCUCGAGCACUACACGAUGUCAUACCACUUCGAGCAUUACACGAUGUCAUACCACUUCGAGCAUUACACUAUGUCAUACCACUUCGAGCACUACACGAUGUCAUACCACUUCGAGCAUUACACGAUGUCAUACCACCUCGAGCAUUACACGAUGUCAUACCACAUCGAGCACUACACGAUGUCAUACCACCUCGAGCAUUACACGAUGUCAUACCACUUCGAGCACUACACGAUGUCAUACCACCUCGAGCACUACACGAUGUCAUACCACUUCGAGCAUUACACGAUGUCAUACCACUUCGAGCACUACACGAUGUCAUACCACCUCGAGCACUACACGUUGUCAUACCACCUCGAGCAUUACUCGAUGUCAUACCACUUCGAGCACUACACGAUGUCAUACCACCUCGAGCAUUACACGAUGCCGUACCACUUCGAGCACUACACGAUGUCACACCACCUCGAGCAUUGCAUAACGCCCAGGGUGCAAACAACCACUGCAGCUGACGAGCCCCUAAAACCCAAUAACUAA